AUGCUGAAGCUCAAUUCGUUCUGCUGUUCACUGAGGGAAGAGAUGCUUUGUUUCAUCGUAAGUUUGGUUUUUGAAAGUGUUUUUGUUUUUAGGUAUUAAAAUAUAGAGUAAAACAUGAUUUUUGGACUGUUUUGUUACCUAAAAUGAUUAAAAACAAGUGUUUCUCAGACUUGUGGCCUCAAAAAUAACUAAAACAAGCUUUUUUUGAAAGUUUUGUUACCUAAAAAAGCCCAGGUUUUGCUUUUCUUCAAUAUUAAAGUUUAGAAUUAGCCAAAACUUGGUCCUUCUAUACCUAAACCUCCUAUUUUUUCAGAAAAACUCCAGCAAUUGCAAUUGGGCACAAAGCACGAAAUCUGCACCCAAGAGCUUCGUAGUCGUCAUACCACCCGAGCUGCCGGGAUUCGCGAAGCGAAGAAAAGCUCCAUCAUGGCCACUGUUGUCAAAAAUGCUCGCGAUAAGCUGAUCAAGAGGUUCGGCGAGAAAGUCUUGAGAAAAGUUACACUGAGCAACUGGCUCCAAUUUGUGAAGCAGAUGGUCAAUCAGCGCUGGACUACAAAAAAUGCAACAGGUAUCUAUUCAGACAACUAUUGGUCGCUGAGCAAGAACGUAUGCUGCAUGAUGAGUUAGAGAAGGACGAAGCGGAGCGGCUGGCUGAGAUCGUGGCGAGUCAUGAAGAAGAAGAUGAAGGAGUUGUAGCGGAUUAUGCAGAAGAAGAUGAAGGGGUUGUGGCGGAUGAUGAAGUUGGUGAUGAGCAGAAGGAGUCGGGAUUGGUCAUUAACUUUGGCAGAGUAAAAUUUUUGGAGAUGUAA